CUGUAGUUUUGCUUCUGUUCUUUCUUGUGAAAAAUCAGUGAUGUCCCAUUUUUUGUAAAAUGGGUACAAUGAUCACUCAUAAAAAUCUCAAAUUCUUCAAUAAUCAAACCCUAAUUUCAAGAGCAAGAGCCCUAAUUCUCAAAUCAAAUUCAUUCACUACCAAUACAACACCAAUUCCUAACCAAAACGACAACACAGUAAAAGAAAUCACACAAUUACUUAAGCAAAAUAACUGGCAAUACCUAAUAGAAUCAUCACCACUGUUACCUAGUAAAAUUAACCCAGAUGUUGUUUUUUCUGUUCUUAAAGAUAACCGGGUCAAUCAUGACCCAAGACGCCUCUAUGGCUUCUUCAAUUGGGUCAAUUCAAGAACCGGGUUUUCUCAAAAUCUUUAUUCCUUUUCAAUUCUUGCUAUUAUUUUAUGCAAUUCCAAGCUUUUUGGUCCUGCUAGCAAUGUUUUGGAAUGCAUGGUUGGUACUCAUAAGCCUCAUUUGGAGAUUUUGGAGUCAGUUAUUAAGUGUUUUAAAGGGUUUAAUGAGAGUGAUAGUAGUAAUAGUGUAGUGGUUUUUGAAAUCUUGAUUGAUGGGUAUAGGAAGAAUGGAUUUUUAAAUGAGGCUGUUAGUGUUUAUUUAGGUGCUCAAAAACAUGGGUUUACUGUUGGUUUGUUUUGUUGUAAUUCUUUGCUUAAAGAUUUGUUAAAAGGUAAUAAAUUGGAGUUGUUUUGGGAAGUUUAUAAUGGUAUGUUGGAGGGGAAAUUAGUACUUGAUGUUUAUAGUUAUACUAAUUUGAUUAAUGCAUAUUGUAGAGUAGGGAGUGUUAAGGAGGGUAAAAGUGUGCUUUUUGAUAUGGAAAAGAAGGGUUGUAGUCCUAGUUUGGUUACUUAUAACGUAGUGAUUGCCGGGUUGUGUAGAGUUGGGUGUGUUGCUGAAGCUUUGGAGCUCAAGGAGUUGAUGGCUGAUAAGGGUUUGGUCCCAGAUAAUUAUACGUAUGCUACACUUGUUGAUGGGUUUUGUAAGCAGAAGAGAUCGAAAGAAGGGAAGUUGUUGUUGGAGGAAAUGUAUAGUAAGGGUUUGAAACCUAAUCUUAUUGCUUAUACGGCUUUGAUUAAUGGGCUUGUGAAACAAGGUGAUGUUGGAGAAGCUUUACAGGUCAAGGAGGAGAUGCUUGCUCAUGGAAUUCAAUCAAAUGUUUAUACGUAUAAUGCCCUUAUCCAUGGGAUGGGAAAGAUUGGUGAUAUGGAGAAGGCGGAAGCUCUUUUCAGUGAAAUGACCGCAAUUGGCAUAAAACCUGAUGUUCAGACAUAUAAUGGUUUGAUCGAAGGAUAUUGUAAGGUGAAAGAUAUGGUAAAGGCUUAUGAGUUACUAAUUGAGACAAAGAGAGAGAACUUGGCACCUAGUUUGUACACAUUUGGUGUGAUAAUGAAUGGUCUAUGCUACUGUGGAGACCUUACACGGGCAAAUGGAGUGUUUAUGGAAAUUAUUUCUAGGGGUAUGAAACCCAAUGUUGUAAUCUACUCAACUUUAAUAAAAGGUCACAUCAAGGAAGGUCGAGUUCAGGAUGCAAUGAAGAUUUUCGAAAAUAUGAAGGAGCAAGGGAUAGCACCUGAUGUCUUCUGCUAUAACACUGUUAUAAUUGGCCUCUGCCAGGCCGGAAAGAUGGAAGAAGGGAGAAGUUAUUUGGUUGAAAUGGCUACGAAGGGUGUAAAGCCAAAUGUUUAUACUUAUGGGGCUUUUAUUCAUGGAUAUUGCAAGGCUAAGGAAUUACAAGCAGCGGAGAGAUCCUUUACGGAGAUGCUAGAUUGCGGUAUAACACCUAAUGACGUUGUUUAUACGGCCUUGAUUGAUGGGCACUGCAAGGAGGGUAAUAUUUCUGAAGCCUUUGCAAAAUUUAGAUGCAUGCUUGAGCAAGGAGUUAUCCCGGAUGUGCAUACAUAUAGCAUCCUCAUCCAAGGUCUCUCGAAGAAUGGGAAACUUCAGGAAGCGAUAAAGCUGUCCUCUGAACUUCUCGACAAGGAUUUAGUUCCUGAUGUCUUUACUUUUACUUCUCUCAUCUCCGGCUUGUGUAAGGAAGGUGAUAUAGAUAAGGCCUUUGAACUUCAUGAUGAGAUGUAUAAAAAGGGAAUCUGUCCAAACAUUGUCACGUACAAUGCCCUGAUCAAUGGACUUUGCAAGUCGGGUGAAAUUGGGAAGGCCCAGGAAUUAUUUGAUGGAAUUCCUGAAAGGGGUUUAGAGCGUAACACUGUAACUUACACUACAAUGAUUGAUGGAUUUUGCAAAUCUGGAAAUCUAACUAAGGCAUUUCAGUUGCUGGACAAAAUGAAUUUAGAGGGGGUUCCGCUUGAUAGUUUCGUCUAUUGUGCCUUAAUUGAUGGAUGUUGCAAAGAAGGAAAUACAGCAAAGGCUCUAUCCUUAUUCUCGGAAAUGGUGGAUAAGGGUAUUGCUUCUACUUUUGCUUUCAAUGCUCUGAUUGAUGGCUUCUGCAAGUUGGGGAAGCUGGUUGAUGCUAACCAGCUGUUGAAUGACAUGGUUGAUAAGCAUAUUACACCAAAUCAUGUAACAUAUACAACACUGAUCGACUAUCAUUGCAAGGUAGGAGCUAUUAAAGAAGCAGAACAGCUCUUUUCAGAGAUGCAGAAAAAGAAUGUGAUGCCAAAUAUAUUAACUUACACAACACUUUUACAUGGUUAUAACCGUGUUGGUGAUAGAUCUAAGAUGUUUUCCCUUUUUGACGAGAUGAUCGCAAGUGGUAUCAAGCCUGACAAUGUGGCCUGGAGUUUGAUGGUUGAUGCUUACCUAGAAGAAGGUAACUGGAUUAAAGUUUUAAAGCUGGUUGAUGAGUUGUUAUUGAAGGGUGUGAAUGUAGGUAAACAUGUUUUCACUGUACUAAUUGAUGCCCUGUACUACCAUAAAAAUAUUUCAAAACUGUUGAGAUUAGUUGAUGAAGUUGAGGAGCAAGGAAUCACACUCAGUGUUGCUACUUGUCGAGUUCUAGUAUGUUGUUUCCACAGAGCAGGAAGAACAGAUGAAGCAUUGACAGUUCUUGAAAGCAUGGUUAGGCUGAGAUGGGUUCCCGACUCCAUCGCGUUAAAUGAUUUAAUCAACGAGGAUCAAAGUAUUACUAAUUCUUGAGAAUAAUUUCUUAAAUCAAGCAACACUGGAAGCCGCUCGUCUAGAGCCUGAUUACUGGAGUGCAGAAAUUGGAAAAUUAACAUGAUAUUUUGAAUCCAAUGAAAUUUAUCAGUGCUUACUGGGAACUUUGGUGUAGCUCUUACAUGAAGGCUUGAAACACUUGAUAGUUCUUUAAUCAAGGAGUUGGCACUGCAUAGGUGUUUAAGUUGCUGCUAUGUCACAGAACCUUGGUUCACCAGCUAUUGACUUACGAAAACUGGCCCAUCCUCGGCUAGUCUUUGUCAAGACAUUGUGAAUUACCAACUCCUGUUCUCCACAAAUUGUUGCCGAGCAUGCAACGCUCGACUGAAGAAGCUGGGUGGAAGCAAAAUACGCAGAACAAUCUUGAAGUGGGGGGUAUGAAAGCUAGUUCUCAUGGGAAUGCAUUUUUUCUUUAAAAGAAGAUAUGUGUGGCCAUGCAAACAUGUAACAGAAACCCAACCGAGCAAAGGCUAUAACGGCGAUCGCCGGUUAAAUCCAACCCAAAACUAAGCCACAGCAGAACUGAGGUGGAGGCAUGCAAACUUAAGAGGCAACGGGGUUAGGAUUCUGCAUUCAAUCAAGUGAUCUGAUUCAAUUGUAAUGUAGCAUGCAAACCAUAUGAUCCUUAUAUGGUACGAUGAUUUUUUUCAAAUAAAAUGCAGGGACAAAACAGUAAUUUUUUUGUAA